UAAUAGUUAUUUAACGAGCCAUAAAAGAAUGCACACUGGGGAAAACUCAUUAGACUGUGAGAUAUGUGGGAAAUCUUUUCCUUAUAACUCUCGCCUUGUUAUCCAUAUGCGUAGUCACACGGGAGAGAAACCAUUCCACUGUGAAAUAUGCGGAAAAUCAUUUGUCGACAAUAGUUAUUUAACGAGUCACGUAAGGAUUCACACUGGAGAAAAACGCUAUCAUUGCGAAGUAUGUGGAAAGUCUUUUAUCAAGAAUUCCAGUCUUGUCACUCACAUACGAAGUCACACUGGAGAAAAGCCUUAUUCUUGUGAUUUAUGUGGCAAAUCAUUUGUCAAUAAUAGUUAUUUGACAAUUCACAAAAGGAAACACAUGGGGGAAAGUUUGUUUCAUUGUGAAACAUGUGGGAAAUCUUUCCCAAAUAACUUGAAAUUUGUUACCCACAUGCGUAUUCACACUGGAGAAAAACCUUACCACUGUGAAAUAUGUGGUAAGUCGUUCAUUAAAAAUUCUCGUCUUGUCAUUCACCAGAGAAUACACACGGGAGAAAAGCCAUAUAAUUGUGAAAUAUGUGGGAAAUCUUUUAUUAAUAAUUCUCGUCUCGUUACUCACAAACGAGUACACACUGGAGAGAAACCCUACCACUGUGACACAUGUGGGAAAUCUUUCUUCUCUAGCAGUAAUUUAAAAAGACACAAAUUACAACACAUUGGUGAAAGGGCCUUCCAUUGUGAAACAUGUGGGAAAUCCUACUUCAAUAAUAGUGAUUUAAAAAGACACAAAAGGGAACAUGGUGGAGAAAAAACAUUCCACUGCGAAAUCUGUGGCAAAUCCUUCUUCGAUAAUUCUAAUCUUAUAGUUCACAUCAGGAGUCACACUGGAGAGAGGCCCUAUCAUUGUGACGUCUGUGAGAAAUCAUUUAUCUGUAAAAGUGACUUGAAUAAACAUAAACGGAGACACACCGGUGAGAAACCUAGUAACUGAGAAAUACAAAAAUCCCUUGUCUUCAUCAUCGGUUAACGUACUCCUUCCUUGCUGGCAUGGGUUGGAUCAGGGGUUUUCAAACUUUUUGACUUGCGGACACCUUUAUAUUUCAGGCUUUACCUUAGGGACCCCCUUAUAAACGCUUAUGAAAUUUAUACAUAAAUAUUUACUUAAAAUAACAUAUAUUUUUACAUUUAUUUAUUUAACAGUAUUUAACAAAUAGGUUUAUUGUCAAUUAAAAGAUUUCGAUUAAAAAACAUAUAUAAAAUCAAAUUGCCCAUAAAAAGUAUUUGCUGCCCAUGGACCCCCUGUCUUGUCUUUGCGGACCACAGUUUGAAAACCCCUGGGUUAACGUACUCCUUCCUUGCUGGCAGACAGAAGCCUGCACCAUGCCCCUGUGUUUGUUUUGGCAUGGUCUUUUACCAAACACUCUGCAAAGCUGAUUGUUUUUUACAUGGCACAAGCACAGGCGAGGUCAGUUUUAGCAUGGUUUCUACAGCUGGCUGCCCUUCCAAAUGCCAACCAGUUCAGUCCCACUGCAUAGUAACUUGGGCAUGUGUCUUCUACUACAGCCUUGGCCCAACCAAAGCCUUGCGAGUGGAUUUGGAAGAUGGAGACUGAAAGAAGCCUCUUAUGUCUGUGUUUGUCCCCAUGUCCACUUGACAACUGGUGUGUGUUGGUGUGUUUACAUCCCUGUAACUUAGCAUUUUGGCAAAAGAAACUGAUAGAAUAAGUACCAGGCUUUAAAAAAACAGUACUGGGAUCAAUUCAAAAACUCUUCAAGGUAGUGCUCCAGCUUGGCCACAAUCUAAUAACUGAAACAAAAGAAAAACAAUAUAUAAACAAGAUAAUCUUUUACAAAUUUUUUCAUCACUGAAAUCAUUAUUUGUAACAAAAUAUUGUUUAAUAAAAUUGUCUCUGUACUUAACUUAGACAAACUUAAA